AUGACCACCGGUAGAAUCAUUGCGUCCAUGUGUCAUGGCUCAGGCUUCGCACACAAGGCCAUCAACGACUAUGUCAGAUCGCUUGAGUACGUUGAUGUCAACGGCGUUGUUCAAACAAUCAAAGAUUCCUUCGAGUUGCAUGCUGCUUUGGGGUGCUUCGGCCUGUUAGGAAUCAUCACACACGUCACCUACGAAGUCAAUAAAAUGACGUUCGCCGUCAUGCGACCGCGUAAGGUAAAGACAAUGCUUGCUAUUCCACCUCCGGAUACAUGCCAAGUUCCUGAAGCAUUGCAUGUUGAAACCAGCUCCGAAGAACUCCAGGAAGCAAUUGCUGAGUUUGAACGACGAGCUGAGCAAGACUACUAUACUGAGUGGUCAUGGUUUUCCUAUCAAUCAGACGUUCUCGUCAACACAUGGUCGACAGUCUCUGAUAGCGAAGGGCAACAGGACUACACAACCCCUACCCAAACAUUUCUACAAUGGAUCGCGUCAUGGCAAUCUCAGUUGCUCGCAACGGGGAACAUGGCCGUACUCUCACCUUUGACCACUGACCCAGAUAAUCUUGAGAUCAAGACCAAAUUGCCGAAUGCACUCCACUUCCGCCGCGGCCGGCACUAUGCUCGCGCCAGAAAUAUGGCACUCGAAUUACCAAUACCGUCUUCACCAACAGACAAGAACAGACCUGAUUGGACGACGGUAAGGAAAGCUUGGUGGAGUGUGAUUGAUUUGGUGUACCGCUCGGCAAAUUCACCAAUGCGAUUAGCAAUGGACAUGAGAAUUACGGGUGAUAGCGACAUAAUCAUGGCUCCUCAACGUGGAAACAAUCAUGGCACCGUAGCUAUUGAGAUUGGAUCAAUCAUCGACACAGUCACCGAAGAAGAGUGGCAGACGUUCUGUCAAGGAUUGGUCGAUGCAUUGAUCACACUUGCUCCUGAAGGUAGGCUUCGCCCACAUUGGGGAAAAGAGUGGGUGAACAUGCGGUUUCGUGGUCUUCCAGCUCGAGAAUAUAUCAAGACGGUGGCGUACAAAAACGAGAUUCCAGAAUGUCUGGCGGUUUUGGAAAAGAUCGGCAAACGACAAGGGUGGACUUUGAAGGACUUGCACAAGAAGUUCUCUAACAACUUGUUGGAUGAUUUGUUCUUCUGCGAUACUCAAGCUCAUACUUGA